AAAAACUUCAACCUUACAUUUUUGAAACUUUGAAUACAGCAGAACAUUCUUAUUUAAAUUAUUUUCACUUAAGCAGAUAUGUAGUGAAAUAAAAAUUAUGUAAAUAUAUCAUCAAACUCAUCUUGCGAACAAUGUUUAGAAGUAAAAUGUUGAAUAUAUUCAAAUCCUGUAGUAAAAUAAAUAGAACAGUGAUUGCUAAUGCCCUCAAAUUGCCUUCAAUUACUAUUGGAUUUGCCAGUAUUGCUAAGUGUGAAGAAAAACAAAAAAAUAUUGUGGAGACCUACGAUAAUGAUAGCUUAGAACAUGAAUUUUUGAUCCGGCAAGCCACGACUGUAAACAUUAACGCUGCCACACAACUGAUCACUGUUACUUUAGUUGCUAUACAUGAUACAAGUGAGAGGUUGAGAGAAGCAUUAACAAAAGAAAUAUGUUUGGUAAAGCAAGCAUCAGAGUGGGGAGAAGGCACUCCACCACAGCACUGGGAUGAAUUAGUUGCAGUGAGAGGCACCCUUCGUGACCUCAAACAUAACCUUCAGGUGCUAUUUAGUUAUAUGGAUUAUGCUGAUAAGUUGGCAACAAUUGCUGCUGAAAUAUCAUACUUAUCUGGAAACAUAGCUGCAUCAGAUGCUAUUUGUGAAAGAAUAGAUCAUGCACACAGGACCUGCAAUGCUCAAAAGCAGUUAACACAUGAUCUUCAACAAGAGAGUUUACAGCUGCAACAGCAGGCCAUUAUUAAUUCUCCACAUUUUGAGCAAAAACUGAAAGAAGAAACAGAAAAUGAUAAUAAAUAACAAAAUAUUUUUUUUUUAAUUUUUAAUAGGGAACUCAAUAUACUGGAUGACUUUUUAUUCGUCAGGAGAAUUAGGGCAUUUAUGCUAUUUUAAGUAUUAGGGUAUACUAGUAAUAAUAACCCUUUUUCAACAGUCAAGUCAGACAGUUCACACAGCACCAUUUAGUCCCAAUCUAAGCAGAAGUUCUGUAAUGGGUUCUUAACAACAAAUACCGAUACUUUAAAGAUUAUUUAUUAAAUAUAUAUAUAAUAUACAUAGAACAACCCAGACCAAAAUGAACAAUCAUACUCAUGAAUAGAAAUCCACCAUGCAAAGAAUCGAACCUGCGAUCAUCGGAAGAAAGGUGGUGUGCUAAACUCCUUGACCACUGAGGUUGUUGAAUUAUAAAUUAUCUUAAAAUACUGUAUACUUUUCACUAGGCUUAAGUAUCUACGUACACAUAUACCUACCAUAUACUAAAGGAUUUUGUUACAUAGGGUCAUAAAGUAUCAUAUUUUAUUGGUUUUGUUUUUAAUAAAACCAAAAAAUGUUAAAAAUAAAUUAUGAAGAUUUAAUUUUAAACAAUCUCUUCAUAUAGCUAUUAUGCAACAUUUUCUACACAGUAAAUUAAGUCAACCGAUAUUUGAAAUAUUGAAUAUGAAAUAUUUGAAAUAUUCCGAUAUUGAAAAAGUUUAUU